UAGCUCCAAACGGUAAAAAGGAACAGAAGCAAAUCUUGAAAUCUGCUAUCUCAUCUCCUGUCAAACUUUCCUCUUUCUUUCUAUGCUUUUCCAUUUUCCUUAGACUCCAAGUCUUCUUUAUCUUCUUCUUCUUCUUCUUCUUCUCCUCACUCAUUCUUCAGUGAGAAAGCAAAGUUUCAAGAUCCAAAACAUAAAAAAAAGCUUCUAUCUGUUCUUCAAUGGAGGAUGCAUACUAUUAUGGCAAAUCCCAACGGCUAGUUUCAGACACGGGCUCUCUAACUCCACAAACCCAACCAAACCCAAGUAAGUUCAACUGGCAUUUCCUGUAUAAAGCUGUUCUUGUUACAGUUUUGCUUGUCAUUCUUCCACUUUUCCCUUCUGAAGCUCCUGAGUUCGUAAACCAUUCUUUACUAACCAGAAACUGGGAGCUUUUUCAUCUUCUAUUCGUUGGUAUUGCUGUAUCUUACGGCCUAUUCAGCCGACGAAAUGUCGAAACAGAGAAGGAAAAUCCACCGAAAUUCGAUAGUGCACAGAACUAUGUCUCUAGAAUUUUUCAGGUAUCAUCGGUUUUCGACGAUGAUGUCGAUAGCCCAUCUGGGUAUGAUGACAACAGCAAGGUCCAAACUUGGAACUCCCGUUAUUUUAGAGGGGAAUCCAGGCUUGUAGUUGAACAAGAAAGUUCAGUUCCUGAUGAACAGAGUAGCAUCGUCACCAGGAUCAGUAACAAACCUCUGCUUUUGCCUGUUCGGAGCUUGAAAUCGAGGGUUUCAGAAUCAGAGACUCUUGAAUCCACUAAAGAAUCCAGUGUGUUCUCCGGUUCUCUUAGUAGGUCCAGUUCUAGUUCAAGUUCUUCUAACGGAUCUGUCAAAACUAGGAAUGGGGAGAUUGGAGCUGUGGAUCCUCUAGAUUUGGAGGAGCGAUUACAGGAAAAUGUUGUCCUUCCUUCUCCAAUUCCAUGGAGAUCGAGAUCUGGAAGGAUGGAAAUGAAAGAAGAACCUGAAGUUGUUACUCCUCCUCCUUAUUCUCUUCCUCCCUCAGCUGAUGAAGCUGUAAUUGAAAGGGAAGGGCUCCACUCUCGGUCUUUUCGGUUGCCCAUGUCACCCUCACCGAAGAAACUCUCUCCUUCCCCUUCUGUUUCACCAGAAUUGCAAGCCAAGAAUAUGGAAGACUCAGCAAGGAAGAAGAGUUCUUCCACAUCUUCUCCCCCUCCUACGCCACCCUCACCCCAGGUGAGCCACACAUCCCCACUGAUAGCAUCAAAUUCUAGUCCAGUUAGUAACGGGUAUUCUUCUCAAAAUAUGGGAAUGAAGAAGAGUUUCAAAGAUGAAUUGAAGGAUUUGAGGAGCAGUAGAAGGGGUGUGAGGAGAAGAAGUGAUCCUGGCCUGGAUACCUUAAGGUCAGAAGUGAAAUCAGGAGCCAUAACUGAAGGUAUGUCCAUGGCCAAAUCGGUUAGGACAUUUAGAAUGAGUGAACCCAUUGCAGAGGCCAGGAAAACCAGAGAAUACAAUGGAGAGCGGAUGGAGGAGAAAACAGGAAAAAGGUCGAAGGAAGUUGAAGCAAUGUUCAUGGAGACAACAGGAAGAAGAGCAGGAGGGUUCAAGCAACUGCCUAUCAACAAUGAGAAACCAGGUCAAGAGAGUUCCCGGCCAAUUCCUAAGUCACCACUUUCCAAGUAUCCGAUGGAAGAGAAGAAAGAAUUCUUGGACAAGGUUAUUGUAGAAACUGACAAAGAGUCGGAUGGUGAGGCUGAAGUUGAGGCUGAUGCUGAUACUCAUGAAAUUCAAAGAAGCUCGGACAAAGAAGAAGCUGCCUCCGAUACUGUCACUGAUGCAGUGGUUGAUGGUGAGGUUGAUAAGAAGGCUGAUGAGUUCAUAGCCAAGUUUAGAGAGCAGAUUAGGCUUCAGAGAAUUGCCUCAAUCAAGAGAGCAAAUGGGAAGGUCAGUGGUAGAACAUCACGGUAAACCCAAUGCUUCUUCUGCUUCAAAGAAUUCAACAAAGAGGGAUUUGUAGUUGGUAUUUCUCUCUUACUUCCUUUCUUGUUUAUGUUUUCAUCUCUCACUUGUGUAUCAAAGUCUUUUUUGGAUUUACAAUCUGGUAUAUUGGUAUAUGAGAAUCUUCAGGCUAAACAGCCUGUGUAACCAGCAAUUUCAUUGGAGAAAGGUUGCUGUUUUUUCUUCA